AAGCGACGGGAGAUAUGAGGAAUACUCCGCGGCUAACGAUAGCAAGGUACACAAAUACGGAUUUAUUUCACUUUCGCUCUUCCCUGGCACUCUGGGGGUCUACCAAAAGCUGCAGCAGGACAUAAUUUCGUCCGAACACUUGAUUUUGCUGUUACAUUCCCGCGUAGGCGACUAGUGAGUACGAGAGAGUCUCGCUAAUCCCGAGAAGAGGGGGAGCGGCCUUCUUUUGUAGCCGGCUUUUGGUACACCUCAGGCGGCAAGCACUGUCACCAGAGCUCGGUGCUUGUGCUGGUUCAUUUUUCUUAACACCAAAAAAAAAGCGUUAGAGCUUUGACAUUACUUUUGUUUUAUUAACCACAACCUCUUCACGAGCUUCCCCGCUUCAUGUCGACGUGCUGCUGUUGAUGUGUUUCACCCAAGAGGACCAUUUGGAGCCGAGGCGGCCUGUUUUGUUUUCAAGCCGCCUUGAAUCUGAACAAUAACACAACCAUAACGAGCCUGCUGGGGCUGCACUGCCUGGCCAAAUUGGAGCCUCCGUGUGAGAUAAUAAAUGCUUUGUUUGACACCAGCUCUGGACCGACGUGAGAGCACGGGACCAGCAUGCAUGUGGACUAUGGCAUUAUCGGGGCAAACCACUGCAAACCGGAGCACUUUGCCACGAAAGCCCCUGUUUGAAUUUCCGAGUGUCUGCUGCUAGCCAUCCAGCUGUAAGCAACGUUAGUAAGGCCACUAACGGAGGAAAGAGCGCCACAUGAUGCUUUGUCUAAUCAUAACUCACGGACUGUAUGGAAACAAGACACAUCGACGUGGAUGAGCCGAUGUUUAUAUGCAUGAUCGGCCUGAUUGUGGAUGCAUUUCUAAUCUUUCCGAUCAAAAGCAGCAGUACUUUCAGAGCUGGGACAUUACUUUGAGUAUGUGAUUUGGGAUGAGUAACCUCGAUUGCUCCUUGCGCAGACUCUUACAUAUGUGGGAUUUACCAACUUGGAAUUGAAGCCCUUUACAUCCAUCUAUGCUCUCUUCAAAGCCACCAGACUCCAUUGACAAAAACAGUGAUUUUAGCGCACAGAGCACGGGAGUCGCUGCUCUACCGCUGCCUCCAUCGGUUUGUUUGUGUGAUUUUGGUGUUUUAACGUAUUAAUACAUCGGACCGGAGCCCCGGGACAGGCAGCUGAGAUGAACCCGGUGAAUGCGACUUCUCUCUACGUGUCCGCGAGCCGCUCGGUGCUGCAGUGCGACCCCCGAGACCCCCGGGCCCUCGCGGAGCUCUGCAAGCUGCUGCCCUUCUUCCGCCAGUCCCUUUCCUGCCUUGUCUGUGCUGCACUACCUAGCGACCAGCGUUGCUAAGGAAGCUCCUCUCAAAGAGCGGUUGUCAUCCAGUCUGGCAAGUUGCCAGGCACCGCUCAGGUAAUCUGCUGCAGGACCCUAUCGCUCCCACCAACUCAUCAUGUCAGCACUACGUCUGUCGAGGCUGUAAGGGUCAGAGGAUGCAGUUGAAGCCGUCAUGUAGUUGGUGUAAAGACUAUUCCCGCUUUGAGGAAAACAGGCAGCUCUCCUUGCUGGUGCACUGUUACCAGAAGCUCUGUCUCUACAUCACGCAGUCGCCGCUCGCCCCGCACAUAGCCAGCGCCGCCAGCGACUCGCCGGACCUCCAGGCCAUCCUCAACGAGGGCCUCACGUUGGCUGAGAGCGAGCCGGAGGCCGAGGACGUUUCAGAUUCAGCCAGCCUGUCGCCCACGGCCUCCAGCUCCAACGUGGUUCAGCCUGAUGAAGCUCCGCCUACAAAGGAGCUCAAGGUGGAGGAGUUCAAGGUGGAGGAGCUCAAGGUGGAGGAGCCAAGCACCGUCAGUGUGAACGGGCUGCAUGAUUGUAACGGUCUGGUCAGUUUGGACUCCUUGCAGCCUGUCACCAUAGAGACGGGUGUAGGCGCUGCAAAGCAGGAGAGCUUAUCGGAGGAGAUUCCUGUGUGUGUGAGCGUCAAAGGGGAGGCGGGGCUCUGUGAAAUCAGCACUUUUGGUGAUGACCUGAAACAUAGUGGGGGGCCGUUGUUGUUGAGCGUGGAGGAGGUGCUCAGGACUCUUGAUACAGACCCUGAUCCCCUCCCCCAUCUGGACUGCCCCCCCUCAGUACCUCAGUCCAGCCUCAACGGGCCUCACUCUCCACCUGACUCCUCCCGCCUCAUCACUUGCCUCCCUCAAGGGAACAGCCCUCGCCCCCUCCAACCUCACCCGCAGCCCUCCCUGCAGCCUCCCCCCCAGCCCUCCACUGUCACCCCCCACGUCCCCCCUCGGUACCACCGCAAGCGCUCCCGUUCAGAAAGCGACAGCGAGAAGGUGCAGCCCCUCCCCAUUUCCAGCUUGUUACGGGGGCCUCCCCUCGGUGCCAACAGCUCCCCUCAUCACCCUCACCCUGGUGCCACGACCAAACAGGAGCCUGAGUACCCGGCAGUCACGCCUCACCCACACCUGGCCCCGGUGCCGAAUGGUGGUCCUCCCAAGGUGGGCAAGACUGUGCUCGUUUCCAACAAGGCGCUGAAAAAGACUGUGGAGCAUCACGGGGGCCCCAAGAAGGCUUACACCAAGGCCAGGCAAGGGACCCCCAAACCCCGUACACAAACCCGUGACAGGAUACCCCAACACCCCCAUGCUCACCCUCUGACACACCCACCCAGCCCCUCGAAGCCACUGUAUAAAAAGCCUGUGGAAAAGAAAGGCUGCAAGUGCGGCCGAGCCACACAGAACCCCUCAGUGUUGACUUGUAGAGGGCAGCGCUGCCCCUGCUACUCCAACCGCAAGGCAUGUCUGGACUGUAUCUGCCGCGGCUGCCAGAACUCUUACAUGGCCAACGGAGAGAAGAAGCUGGAAGCCUUCGCCGUGCCGGAGAAAGCUCUGGAACAGACUCGUCUCACGCUAGGCAUCAACCUCACCAGUAUCACCGCGGCGGCCCUCCGCCCGGCCACCAGCUCCCCCGGCAACACCCUUCUCAACGUCACCACGGCUACAGGGACGCCCGUCACGGCCAGCUUCUUAUCGGGGGCGGGGCACGACAACAGGGCCUUUGAGGAUUCACUGGAGAUGCGUUUUGACUGCUGAGGUCCCGCCCUCCUCUGGGCAGUCGUUACGCACAUUCCCCGCCCCGCUAGCAGGGGGUCGUUCACCUGGGCGUGAAGAAGGCAGCUACAGUGACAGGCGAUGGUGAGGGUCACCAGCUGAGGCUGAGGAGGCGUCCUCCGUCCAUCGUCAGAAACUGCGCCAUGCUUGUGGUCUUGCAUACAGAAACAGUGAGAGAGAGAGAGAGAGGAGGAGAUGUAGCGUUACUGUAUGCGCAGAGAUUUCCUUUCAGUGGGAUAGUUUUCGUUUUCUCCUCUACUAUGGGUCAUGUGUAGAGCAUGUUGUGUAGCUAGGUUGGGAGUGUAUGUGUGUGAGUGAGCAUGUGAGUGUGUAUGUGUUAGGGGAAGGCUUUGGUUUGGAGAUGAACUGUAUUAGCAGAAACUAAGACAUCAUCAGAGACUUGUGUAAUUUAUAUAAAGAAACUUUUUGUACAUGGAGGAAUCAGUUCCCAUUUAAGAAGACAUUUUAUUAAAUAUUUUAUAAGUUACAUUCAAAACCGAUGGUGCAGGGGGAGACCUGGAUUCAACCAGAAUAUUUUCACACGGGUAAAAUGUAGAUUGUAUUUUGUCUAUUCAGUAGACCACUAUAAAUGAAAGAAAAGUCCUGAACAUAACUGUUAAAGUUAAAAACGUUCACAGUUAUAACAUUUUUGAUAUCUUUUGCUGCAAGUACCAGUUUAUGAAUUUCACACCACCAGCCAAAUUCAGUUUCAGUGUCGUCUGUUGAAUGUUUAUACUCUGUGAGUCAUUGUCAGACAUCUAAACAUUAUUCUUAAAUGUUAUUGUAUAUUUAAAAAACUUAUAUGAAACUGAAAAAGUCGUGAUUUUUGGAGUAAACCAACCAUUUUGGCUGGUGGGGGACAGCACUUCUGUCCCUGGUUUGCUGGUAUAUAUGUUGACGAUGCAAGUUGUCCUGUUUGCGUGUUCUUGUAUUAAGCACUUUUCUCACUUAGCUUAAAACCACCGUAUUUCUGACAUGUUCUUCUGUGUUUAAAACUCUGGUUGAUUGCAGGCUCUGCACAUUGUUAUUCACAAGUUUUGGGUUUCACACAUGCUGCUAAAAACCACAGAGGACACUAGAAGGACAGCACACCCUGUUUUCCUCAUCUGUUAUUCAGUUUCUGUGUUUAAUAAGUUGCGUUAACAACAUUUGCAGUAUUUAUUGGACAUCUCUUAACACCGGUUAUGUGUCGAUUCAGUCUGGACUGUUUCUGUCUCAGUUAAGUUGCUGUCUCCUUCUUAGUGUUAGUCUCCAAAACGUUUUUUGUUCUCCCUCGGGCAUUUAAAUACCUGUAAUAUAACUGUAACAUAUUUCCACAGAAAAGAAAGAAAAUCAAAAAUUUA